AUCCCUUACUUGGCGAAGUUAGAGGUGCGAAGUUGCUGCAUGCGAAGUUGUGACAACAAAUUUCUGCAAAGUAGGACGCUUUUAGAAGGCAUUGACUCAGUGUGGAACAUUUGAGCUGUGGGUUUUGACAGAUUCCAGCCAUGGACAAGGACUUCUUUUAUCAGAUCAGCCAGCAGCAACAAAAUCUGCAGGCACCUGGUAGUUCUUCCGGGCCAGCCCUUCGACUGCCCAGGUCCUUUCCUAGGGUGGUUGAAACUUCAGGCAGUGGAGGAAGGAGUCAGCAGACGACCUCUCCGACUGCGGUGGUGUCCCCCUCCCCGCAGGCACCGUCUGCAUGGGGCACCACUGCUGGUGGGGCGUGGGGCGGGGCUCAGAGCUUCGCCUCUGUCGUGGGGCGAAACAGUCCCAAACAGAAUCAGCCCCAGGUAGCAGCGCGCCCUCGCACAAAUCCACCGGCCCUGAACGGCUCCACGACUCCCACCAACCAACCAGCUGCAGCGGGAGCGACCGCAGCUCGUCCAACCCAACACCAAGCCUCAGCAGCUGGCGGAGACCCGUACCCGCCCCCACAGACCCAGCCGGCGCUGUACGACACAGAGUUCGUCAGCGACAACCCUAACGUGUACACCAGCUACCCUGAUGCAGGGAAGAUCGCCCCACCCAAGGACAUUCCACAAGAGUUGAUUGAUGGUUUCCUCAAUGGUAGACGCCAGCCUGUGAGUGCCCUGAACGAGUACUGCCAGCUGAAGAGACACAAGCUGGAGUUCAACGAGGUUGCGGGGACGGGACCGCUACACUGUCCGCAGUUCGCCUACCAGGCUACGAUCGACGGCAGGCCGUUCAAGCCCGGCCAGGGGAGAACCAAGAAGGACGCGAAGGCCGCGGCAGCGAAGUUAACCCUGUCGAUCCUUCUGGGUAUGGAGGAGGAAAAUGUAGAAGAUUUUGGGAAACCGAAAGGAGUGAAGCUACACGAUCAGUACGGACGCGAGACGUUCAUCCCCCACCAGAACAAGGCUAACGUGUACCUCCCCCAGCAGAUUCAGCCACUCCCACAGCAGAGCCGUGAGCAGAGGGUGGAGCCUGAGAGGCCGCGCCCAUCGGCCAUCCCUCCCGUGGUACCAGGACUGCCCACGCAUGCAGACAUGGUAGCAGCGAUGGCUCGCUCAUUCUUCCAGAGGACCGUUGCUGGCCCCUUCCCACAGAUGAAGUCAGCAGAAAGGAACCUGGCUGUCAUUGUUGUAAAGAAGGGAAGAGUGGAUGCAGGAGAGGUUGUUGCCAUGGGAACAGGGAACUCCUGUGUAAUGGGGAAGAACAUCGGCACUGACGGACGGACUCUGAACGACUGCCACGCAGAGGUGGUGGUGCGACGAUCCCUCCUCAGGUAUUUGUACCGGGAGCUAAAGAACGUCUUGGAGGGGAGUGGCAGUAUUUUUGAGAAGCACUCGGACUCUUUGCUGCUGGUGCUGAAGGAGGGAGUGUCAUUCCACCUGUACCUGACCACUGCUCCGUGUGGUGACGCUGCUACACAUAUUACCAGGGAUGACCCCACCAGAGUGCGUGUGACCCAGGAUGACCUGUCACUCAUGGCCAGUGGGGAACACAAACCCACGUUCGACAGUGUUCAGCACGGGGCGCUGUCAAUCAAGGGACAAGCAGGUUUUAGUACCAGACCGUUGAACAAGGGUGCGAAGCUGGGGUACACCUGGGACCAGCUGAGGGGCACGGAUCAGAUCGGCACCAUGUCCUGCAGUGACAAGCUGGCCAAGUGGAACGUGCUGGGCCUGCAGGGGGCGCUGCUGAGCCACUUCAUCGAGCCGGUCUACCUGUCCUCCGUCACGUUUGGUACAAACUACGACCACGGCCAGCUCUCCCGCGCCCUGUGCUGCAGAAUCGACGACCACAUCUCAGCGGACCUGCCAGACGAGUACAUCAACACCCACCCCAGGCUGGGGCGCGUGACGGAGAACGUCACCCUCCCGGACAUCGCAGACUUCGGGAGGAUCAGCCUGAACUGGUGCAAGGGGGACGAGUCUCUGGAGAUUGUCAAUACGGACACCGGCAGGAGCACAGAGACGUCUCCCUUCCGUACAGGUGCCCUGGGUGCCAGUCGGCUCAGCAAGGCAGGCUAUCUCAUGCGCUUCAAGGCCAUGUGUACCCUAGCAAGGAGGCAGGACCUAGCUGCAGCAAGCAACUACAACCAGGCAAAGAUGAUGUGUCAAAACUACCAGGAAGCCAAGCGCCAGCUCUACGACCACCUGGUCAGAAGGGGCUUCGGCACAUGGAUGAGUAAACCAGAGGAGGAAGAACACUUCCAGAAAUGAAAGGAAAAUGUCUGAGGUUUUGGGAAAAGAAGAGGUCCAGGGCAUUGUUUUCCAACUUUCUGAAGUUGGAAGACUCCAGGCAAAAGUUGUGACCAAAGCGUUUUGACAAAAGAAAACUGAGAUUAAAAAAUACCUACCUACGUUGAAAAAAUACCUACCUACCUGUACCGGUUUAUCAGAGUCUCCCAAGUUAUAUUUUGUUGGCUAUGGGUGAAGUUCUGUGUAGCAGAAUGAGAAUCAUGCAGACAAGGAGUUUGUUCCUGUGUUUGAUAGUUUGUCAUUCACACCAUAACAAGUGAAUGUGCUACACACUCUUAACAAUAGCAUGACAUACUAGUAUGUUUUCAAGUUUGAAAAUGUGGGAAGGCCUCCAAGACACAGAGAAUUAGGUGACGUCAGUUGUUCCUUCUGUGAAUAGUUUCAUCAGGUUUGUCUGAUCAUCAUGUUUUCCUUGAGCCGACAUUUCGAUGUCCAUCAGUGAGCACUGUUAGCAGUGACACCUAGCUGAAUCAGUCAGUACUGCCAUGGAGAAGAUGACAGAUGGUCAUAGGACUGUUGACUCUUGAAAAACGUGCGGUUAUGAAUAAAGAGCUUUGUUGUCCAGUUGUUCCUUACUGUCAACACAUGAAGGUGUUCUUCUAGCUUAGGAUUGGACUUGUUUCACCUUUGAGUGAUGUCUAGCUUCUGUUCCUAGGUAGAUAUCUUUACUAGAGUAGAUGUUUUGUUUAGUCUGACUGAUUCAAGCUUCUAGCAUCCCUUCCACUGGUCAGGCUGUAUGCAGCAAGAUGCAUUAAUGUCCAACCUCUGCUUGGAGAGGAGUUUUGUUGGAGUAUUCUUUGCAGUUGUAAACGAAAGUAUUUUUGUCAUUCUUUAACAAUGUUUAUAUUAAAGACAGAUGUGUUC